AUGCAUAGGAAAACAACAGCAAUUACGUCCACAACAACACCCACAACAACUACAACAACAACAAUAACUACAACAUCUACAACAACUACAACAACAACAAUAACUACAACAUCUACAACAACAAAAACAACAACUACAACAACAACGACAACUACAACAACAAUAAUUACUACAACAACAAUAAUUACAACAACUACAACAACAAUAACAACAACAACUACAACAACAAUAACUACAACUACAACAACAACAACAACAACUACAACGACUUCCACAACUACAACUAAAAUUACGACAACUUCAAGUGCAACAACUGCAACAUCCGAAUACACAACGAGUACUUCAUCGACUAUCCAUUCACAAGGUAAGUGUUGAAGGAAGAAUUAUAUUUCUUGAACGUAUAAACAAUAUUUUAUUAUCAUCAGGAUCUUGUUACUCGAAUCCUUUCUACUUUUGAUUAUACUUCAAAGAUAUAAAAAUUCAGUCUUCUACAAAACGACUGACUAAUUGUGACAUGAUCAUUAUGAAAGAAGUUUAUUUUUCAAGCGAAUAAUGGUGUAUGUGGAUGUGGUUUAUCUGAAAACCUACACGCAUACUCACUCACACAUCCUGUGAUCUAGCUCUUAUUGUAAGGAUUUUAUAUAUCUUUAGAUCAAUUCUAAAAUACUAGUAAUCCCUUUGAGUUGAAUCUGUAAUUCAUCAUGUUCCCAUUUAGUAAUCUUUAGUUUUCAAAAUAUCUUAGAGUUUUUUCAUGAAAUCUCACAUCACUUUAAUAAUAACCAAAUUUAUUCAUAAUUUGAAAUAUAAUCUCUGUGAGUUUAAGAUAAAAUAGUUUAGAAACGGCAACUGUACUGCAUUCAAAAUAUUGUGUGUAAUGUUUUUCGUAUUGAUUGAACUAUGAAGAAAUAAAAUUCAAUCUGGAUAGGAACGAAAUCUUCUUUUUGUUGUUUAACUUCUAUAACUAAUGCCGGCGCCAGAAUUAAAGAGGGGUUGGUGUAACUUGAAUAACUCAACAACGGGAAGAGCUAGCGACCUGCGGUUUUCACCAAUCGAAAGAGGAGGAGUGGGGACGUCUUUUCCUCUCAUAAUGUGUAAAACGAAAUCCUUUUAAAACUAAUCAUAUUCGAAAAACAUGCAAA